UUGAUUUUCUCUUGAACCUGAAUAAGAAUCGAUUUCAGUAGUCGAACCCCAAACGGAAUAAGUCAUCGUCCUCUGUUGUCAGGUUGUGGGUUGAACUGUUCUGGCCAUUAAUCUUCUUAAGCUAUUUCGCAAUGAUGAAAAGGAGCCUCAAACUCUGCCUGGGUUUUCUCCUGCUGUGCGCGUGUACGCACGUAAAGGGCCUCAAUAAUACAGUUCUCACGGGGCUCCAUGCUCUGAAAAUGCUACAGCUACAGAAAAACAUCGAACCUUUGUGUAACUGUAGCGCGAAGCUAAUUCCCAAAGUUAAGGAAGUGCACGAUGUUCUCUGGGUGUUAUCCGGUCUUGCUGAGCGCGCCCAAACUAAGGCAGCCGUUAAUGUUGAGAUGCAUCACAAAAAUUCCUCAAAAGUCGAAGAUAUAAAGCAUACUGGCAGAUCAAGCGAUGCCUUCGGCGAAGUUAACUUUCUUGAUCGAAUGCAUCGGAUGAUACCGUCUAUAGAGCAGAUUCACGUCAACAUUAGUCGGUUGGGAAUACAGGGUCAUAAUGCUACUGAAGGGCCCGAAUCGGGAAGGAGCUCCGAAAGCGUAAUGAGUGAAAUUUUGGUCGAAGAUUGCCCUUACCAUUCCACGAACGAACUUCACAAGAACCUAACUAACGAAGUAACUGAAGCUGCGCAUUUCAUGGCUAACGUGGAAAAUGACGAAAGUUUGGCAGAGGCUACUCUGCUUGGCAUACGCAAGAUGGUGGUAGAGAUGAACAACAGAACUGAUAAAUUCGAGAACCUGCUGGAAAGACUAAAAAGCCUGCCUUGUCCCAAGCCUGUCCUGGGAAGCAAGACAACUGUCAGAUCGUUUGGGGAAGAGCAGCUUGAUUGUUCUUGUGUGGAACAACUGCUUCCCUUAGCUCAGAACUUGAAGGAUCUUCUCAGCUGGGUAAUACAAGUUUUGAAGGAGACUCAAGCGCACGCUCUUCUGACAAUUUUCCAGAGUCCCUCUGGAAGAACUGCCUCUGAAAAUGAUGAAUCCGAACGCCUAGAGAAAUUCAAUCGGACCUUCCUUGGCGUGGACUUCUACGCGAGUUUCCGCGUGGAACCGGAAACUCCAACUGCGCUUUUGAGCAGAAGCGCACUGCAGGUAUCGGAAGGAUAUUGUCCUCUGCUAGAGCUUCUGGAGUACAAAGAGAAGCUGGAGGGAAAGAUGACUGAUGCUCUACACCACAGAGAAGACGUUAAAGGAGACUCAAUCAUCGCGAAGCACAUCUUGAACAUGGUUAAUGACAGUGUUGAUGAGCUUUCAUAUAAACAGAGGGAGUACGAAGAUUUUACAGAGGCCUUGGAAAACAGAAAUUGUUUGCCAUCUCGAUGAACAUAUAGUGCGGGAGUAAGUUGAGAGGCAAAUUUUUACUUAUUUGUAUUUGUGCUUUGAAUAAAAUUUAUGGAGUUUU